UGGGGACGAGUUGCCUUAUACCCAUCUGAAUCAACAUUUUGGUGGUCAUAGUUUCGCAAUAUUUCAGUUAAAUGUGCUAAAAGUUCCAUUAAUAAUGUGCUUUAGAUGAAAAUUAAUUUCGAUUUAAUGAAGUGGAGUUUGUCAGAGAUGAAGAAAUUGAACAGGUAUCUCAUCACACUGGGUGUUCUGACCAUUAUCCUAAUGGUGUCUCUCUUUACUUACAAUACUAAGAUCUUAAAACAUUCUCAGAGAGAGGACUUUGUAUUCCAGCCUGCAAAGUUUUCAGACCUGCUUAGAGAUGGACGAAAUGAUACCAAUCAUGUACUUACUGCUGCUAUGAGAAUCUCCAAAGGGGGCCAGAAAGCACUGCUGGUAACCUUAGUCAAUGAUGCCUUUCUGCCAUUCACCUUCAGCUGGCUAUGUAACACCCAGGGUAUGGGUAUUCACAAUCAGGUCUUGUUUAUAACAGGUGACAGUGAAAGUGCCAUGAAAAUCAACCAGAAAUGGCCAGAGGUAACAGCCAUACAGAUAGAUGGAGUCCACUCAGGGAACCAGGAAUAUAGUCAUGUUGGAUAUGUGGAAUUGAUGGUGAGGAGGUCAGAGAUCCUUCUGGAGAUAUUAGAGAAGAACAUACCAAUUUUCCUGUUUGAAGUGGACUGUAUUUGGAUCACAAACCCACUUAAUAACAUUCAAAGCUACUCAAAUGUUGAUGUUGUAGUAAAUGCCGUGUCAAGCCGAAGCAAUGUAAUUGCUGGAGGAUUUCUUUACCUACACCCCACUGAUGCCUCAAAGAAAAUGUGGAGAGCUUUAACAAAGCAGCUGGUACAACUUGGUAUGAAGAUUAAAAAUUCAGCUGACGAAAAGUUAGUCAGUGAGGGUGACAAUGAUCAGCAAUACCUAUCAAAACUUGUGUUUUCUAAGUAUGGAGGACUGAGGUACAAAAUCUUAUCAACUGAAGACUAUGCAGAUGGAAAAUGGUAUUCAUUCUCUAAAGAAGAAAGAAAUAGAUGGAAAAUACCCUUAAUUUUAAACAACAAUUGGAUAAGCGGAAAUCUGGCAAAGAUCAAGCGAGCAAAGGCAUGGGGCCAUUGGUUCCUGACAGAGAGUGGACACUGUGACCCCAAGAACAUUGAAAGGAUUGUAGAUCAGCACCUUUUGUGAGGUUCUCUUAGAGUCAACAUGACAAUAAAGUGUUGUUUUUAGUUUUCAACAUCAAUUAUACAGCUAAAUACAUGUAUAACAAGAGGCACAUGGGCCACAUCACUCACCUGAACAGUUCCUUGUACCAUUCUAUUUUGUAGCAUAUGCUAUUUUACGCUCACCUGAGCUGAAAGCUCAAGUGAGCUAUUCUGAUCACAUUUUGUCUGUCGUCCGUCUGUCUGUAAACUUUUCACAUUUUCAACAUCUUCUCAAGAACCACUGGGCCAAUUUCAACCAAACUUGGCACAAAGCAUCCUUAGCCUAAGGGGAUUUAAAGUUGUGAAAAUUAAGGACCACGCCCUUUUGCAAAGGGAGAUAAUUAGGAAUUUAUGAAAAUUUUUGAGAAAUUUUCAAAAAUCUUCUUCUCAUGAACCAUAAGACCAGGAAAGCUGAAACUUGUGUGGAAGCAUCCUCAUGUAGUGUAAAUACAAAAUUGUGAAAAUCAUGACCCCGGGGGUAGGUUGGGGCCACAAUAGGGGGUCGAAGUUUAACAUAUGAAUAUAUAGAGUAAAUCUUUAAAUAUCUUCUCAGAAACUAAUCGGCCAAGAAAGCUGACACUUGUGUAGAAGCAUCCUCAGGUAGUGUAGAUUCAAAGUUGUGCAAAUCAUGACCCCCGGGGGUAGGUUGGGGCCACAAUAGGGGGUCGAAGUUUAAAAUAUGAUUAUAUAGAGUAAAUAUUUAAAAAUCUUCUUCUCAGAAACUAAUCAGCCAGGAAAGCUGAAACUUGUGUGAAUGCAUCCUCAGAUAGUGUAGAUUCAAAGUUGUGAAAAUCAUGAUCCCUGGGGGUAGGGUAGGGCCACAAUGGGGGGUCGAAAUUUUACAUAGGAAUAUAUAGAGUAAAUCUUUAAAAAUCUUCUUCUCAGUAGCUAAUCAGCCUGGGAAGCUGAAAUUUGUGUUGAAGCAUCCUCAUGUAGUGUAAAUACAAAAUUGUGAAAAUAAUGACCCCCGGGGUAGGGUAGGGCCACAAUGGGGGGUCAAGUUUUACAUAGGAAUAUACAGAGUAAAUCUUUAAAAAUCUUCUUCUCAGAAACUAAUCAGGCAGGGAAGCUGAAACUUGUGUGGAAGCAUCCUCAGUUAGUGUAGAUUCAAAGUUGUGAAAAUCAUGACCCCCGGGUGUAGGGUGGGGCCACAAUGGGGGAUCGAAGUUUUACAUAGGAAUAUUUAGAGUAAAUCUUUAAAAAUCUUCUCAUGAACCAUAAGACCAGGAAAACUGAAACUUGUGUGGAAGCAUCCUCAGUUAGUGUAGAUUCAAAGUUGUGAAAAUCAUGACACCUGGGGGUAGGGUGGGGCCACAAUGGGGGGUCGAAGUUUAACAUAUGAAUAUAAAGAGUAAAUCUUUAAAAAUCUUCUUCUCAGAAACUAAUCGGCCAGAAAAGCUGACAUUUGUGUGGAAGCAUCCUCAGGUAGUGUAGAUUCAUAGUUGUGAAAAUCAUGACCCCCGGGGGUAGAGUAGGGCCACAAUGGGGGGUCAAAGUUUAACAUAUGAAUAUAAAGAGUAAAUCUUUAAAAAUCUUCUUCUCAGUAACUAAUCAGCCAGGAAAGCUGAAACUUGAGUGAAAUCAUCCUCAGGUAGUGUAGAUACAAAGUAUGUAUUAUGUAUUAUUAUACCCCCGCAAACGAAGUUUAGGGGGGUAUAUUGGUUUCACCCUGUCCGUCUGUCCGUCUGUCUGUCUGUCCGUCUGUCUGUAGACGCAACUUUGUCCCCCCUAUAGAAUUUUUUAUUACUGCAUGGAACAGUUUGAAAAUUUGUACAUAUGUUGAACACCAUCUGAAGAUGUGCACCUGCAAUUUUUUUUAAGAUCAGACAAGAUUUAAUGAUUUUAUGACAGUUUUCAUUUUCCUUAUUCUAUAUAUUGUACACUAAUGUUGAAAAGUAAGGGAGGUAAUCCUUACAGAUUUUAUUAAUUAAUUAAUAGAAAACACUCUAAAAUAUAAUUAUAUAAAUACAUCCAGAUGGAGUUUUUUGUCUUUAUGUCUUAAUUAAUAAAAAAAAAAUUAUUUUUUAUAAGUAUUCUAUCAACUGACAAUGCAAAGUUUUUGUUUGUCAAUGAUAAAUUCUUAGGAGCUAAUGAGAACAUCAAAGACAAGUGUGGCUGAAUUCAUUUGUCCCAAGGGAGCCAUUAUCUGAGCCAUGGUUCAGAUGGAGCAUGUGUUUAGGGGAAAUUGAUAAUCUGUAAAAUGGGUGAUGGUUUUGGGGCUAUUUUAAAACUGUUUCAUAAAUAAUAUAAUUAUUAAUAAAGAAGUUAAACUAUUUUUAGAGGUUGUUUAAAUUUAUUUGUCAAGUAAUUUGAUGAAGUGACCCUAUUGGGCAUUAAUUUAAAUGAAAUUCAAAAUUACUGAUAUGAUUGAAGUGUUUUGGCAAUUUUAAAAUUGUUUGUAAUAUUAAAUUUUUUUUUACAUAUUUUUACAUAGUAUGGUAAUUAUGGUAAUGUUUUGGGAGUUUAUUAAAUUUAACAAGCCCAUCAAAGAAAAUCAUAGUCCUAUGGGAUCAAUUUUCUGAUUUGGAGUUCAAUUGUGCCAUAGGAGAAAGUGAGGAAAAUUUGAAACAACUAAUUGCAUCUCUCAAGACUCUUAUUAGAAAGAUAUUGAAAGUUUUAUCAACAGAAGAGCAUUGCUUGGCUACCGGUAUUUCUAUUCACUGCAAAGGGAGGGGUUAUUGUCAUUUUGUUGGUUUUUCUUUAAAUCAAUUAAAUUAAAAAAAUAUAUCAUCAAAUACAUACAUUUGUAAAUGUAUUACUGUUAUAGAUAUGUAUUUACAGUGAAAUUCUGACAAUUUUGAUUUUAAUUUUUCUUUGUUAAUUUUUUUUUUUUUUUUUUACAUUUCUAUAAUUUUUUUUUUGUAUGUGUUCCAAACCUUAAUUAUUAUUCAAUUCAAUUAUUUGUCCCAUUUGAAAUUAGCCUAGCGGGGGUAUUAGUCCCAUUAGGACAGUUCUAGUUGUCCAUUGUCCAGAUAGUUUGCAUUAUGACUCCAUUAAGCUGAUUUUAUCAUACCUAUUGUUUCUCAGGUGAGCGAUGUGGCCCAUGGGCCUCUUGUUAUUUUAAACUUUGAACCCUUUCUGGGGCCCCAGUAUUGGUCCUAGGUUUAUGGUUGACUUUAACAAUUUAGAAUUUACACUAUUUGAGGAUCCUUGCACAGUAAUCUCACAAACUGUAGCAUUAUAGUUCUUGGGAAAAACUGGUUAAAAACAUUUUCCAUAUAUAUUUCUAUGUUAAAAUUUGAACUCCUUUUGGGGCCCCAGUAUUAGUCCAGUGGUCACAGCUUUAUUAAUUUAGAAUCUACAUUAUCCAAGGUUGUAUGCAUAAUAAUCUCACGAAUUGUAGCGUUGUAUUGUCGAGAAAAGAUUUUUAAAAAUGUUACCUAUAUAUUUCUAAAUUAAACUUUGACCCCUCUUGGGACCCCAGUAUUAGUCUGGGGAUCACGAUUAAACCAAUUAAGGGGCCCCAGUUUGGGUCCGAGAGUCACAAUUUUUACAAUUUAGAGUCUUCACUAUAUAUACAAGCUUUUGUUUAAAUAUUGGCAUUUCUGGUGCAGUGGUUCUUAAGAAGAAGAUUUUAAAACAUUUUUCCUAUGAACUUCAGUGUUAAACUUUGAACCACACCUGGGGCCCCCGUUUUGGUCUGAGGGUGACGAUUUUUUUACAAUUUAGAAUCUUCCCUAUACAUAUCAAUGGCUGGAACGGCCACAAAGGUGUCGAGCUUACAUUUUCUUUGAUAUAAAUUUUUACAAUUUAACAUCACCAUGUGAUUGUAUACUCAGUAUAUUUCCUACAUAGUGAUGCAUUUGUAAUACAAUGAAUCAUAACACAUCAUGGUUACAAAAAUUGAAGUCAAAGUUCAAAAAUAAAUUAUCUUCUUUCUGCUUUAAACAGUCUUUGAAAAAAAUUUCACGGUUCAUCAUUUGUAUACAAGGGUAACACAUUAAUAGUGUUUCCCUAAUUAUAAUAAAAUAUACAUGUAAAUUUUCAAUUAAGAAUCUACAUAAGCCAGGUAUGCAUGCAUAGUAAUUCAGCAAACUGUAACACUGUAGUUCUCAAGAAGAACAUUUUAAAAAAUUUAUAUUUUUUUAAAAUCUGAAAUUUUGAACCCCUCUUGGUGCCCCAGUAUUAAUAUAGUCCGGGAGUCACGAUUUUUACCAAUUAGAAUCUACAUUAUUUAGGGAUGUAAUAUCCCAAACUGUUGCAUUAAAGUUAUUGAGAAGACUUUCCUAUAUAUGCUAAAUUUCAAUUCCCGUGUGAAACAUGAUUACACUUUGGUAUGGCUGUUUACAAAUAAAACGUGCGUUGAUCUGCCGUAUCUAUAAUGCUCAACCUACCAACUAGCUGCAAUAUUGCAACAAAAUCACAAGAUACAUUUAUCGCUUACAUUCAUUUUGGAGACCGUGCCUGACAACAAAUAAAUUUACAUAUUUAUUUUUAUCGGGCUACUGUCUCGAUAAACUUUAAUAAUAUUUAGUGAAUUUUUAAAACCUUAUCGUAUUCAUCCGUCAUUUCAUGAUUAAACAAACUUAUAUACUUUAGCAAUGAGUUGUCAAUAAUCAGGGAGACACAGUUGGGUUUCUUGGUGCACAAUUUAGUUGAAUAAAUGGAACAAAAAUCUUGUAAACAAUUUUCUAUGUAUUUCUAUGUUAAACUUUGAACCUCGUCUGGGGCCCCAGUUUUGGUCCGAGGGUGGCAAUUUUUACAUUUUAGAAUCUUCACUUUAUACACAAGCUUUUUUGUAAAUAUUGGCAUUUCUGGUGCAGUGGUUCUUGAGAAGAAGAUUUUUAAAGUCACAAACCCUAUACUCACUGUUUUGCAAUUAUCUCCCUUUUAAAAAGGGCUGUGCCCUUUAUUUUAACAAUUUAUAAUCCCCUUUUCAUAAGGAUGCUUUGUACCAAUUUUGGUUAGAUUUGGCCCUGUGGUUUUAGAGAAGUCGAAAAUGUGAAAAGUUUAUAGACGGACGACGGAUGAUCAGAAAAGCCCACUUGAACCUUUGGUUCAGGUGACUUAAAAAGUCUGUAAAAUAUUUUUUUUCUUCUGUAUGCUGUACAAUGUAAAAAAUUAUCAUCUGAUAUUAAAACUUAUUUACAUUA